UGGCUCUUGGAUGCGAACUCCGUUUCCAUUGGAAACAGGGAUUUUGCUCUACCAUCUAGAUUGCUUUCGGGAUUCUGUAUUCGGUAAGGGGAGACAAUACUGUACUGACUCAUUGUAAGCAACCUUUCUUUAACCCUUUCGAAGACCGUGGAGUUCGUAUCUACAGGGAGCCUCCUAAACUAUGGAAUUUGAAGACAUUUUGAGAGACGUUGGUGACUUCGGCUCCUUCCAGAAAAUUCUUAUCAUAGUCUUUCUAAUCCCAACAUUCACUUUCAUACCAUGGAUAUCUUUGAAUGCUGUGUUUGUAUCCAGUACACCUGACCACUGGUGCAAUGUACCCGAACUGACCUCAUCAUUUCUCUCUAUCGACGAACAAAAAUACUUAAUCAGACCACCGAAAGAUCCUCACUGCACAAGAUACGACUUAAACUAUUCUGCAUUGCUUACAUCUCAGAAUUUGACCAUUGAUCCUGGUUGGCCAGUUAAAAAAUGUGAUUUAGGUUGGAAUUAUGAUACAACAAAUUAUGAUGAAACAGCUGUUACAAAAUGGAAUCUUGUUUGUGAAGAUGAUUAUUAUAAAAGUAUGGUAGUUAGCUUUGUAUUUGUUGGAGUUAUAUUUUUCACCCCACUCUAUGGUUUCAUCUCGGACAGUUUUGGAAUUAGUCAAACCAGAUCUUCGAGCGAGAGUGAAUGGAAUCGCUACGAAUUGCUGGACAGGCGGUCUUUGUCUUCUGUCUUUAAUAGCUUAUCUUACAAGAAGUUGGGUCUACCUUAGCAUUGUCAUGUCUGUAGCAGCUGCAUGUCUUCUAUUCUUUUACAGAGUAUUACCUGAAUCUCCGAGUUGGUUAAUAUCUCAAGAAAGAUAUGAAGACGCAGCUAGAAUAUUAGAAAAGAUUAGUAUAUCCAAUCAACGCCAUAUACCUUUUGAAGAGCUUAUAAAAAAUAUUCAGGCACUGGGGAAAAUAAAAAAGGAAUCUAUGCGUCAAAAAAACUCACCUAUUGAUUUUCUUAAGUAUCCAGUUCUAAGAAAACGGUUUCUACUAUCCGUUGCUGCUUGGAUUGGUGUCUCCAUACCUUACUACGGACUUCAAGCAAAUGUGACUAAUUUAAGUGGAAAUGAGUUUAUCAACUUUUUCUUGGUUUCGAUAGUAGAAGUACCAGCUCACUUAAUAACUUGGUGGCUUUUGAAUAAUAUAGGAAGGAAGAAAACUGUUGAAAUUUCAUACGUAGUGUGUGCCCUAUCCUGCUUAAUACCAGCCUUCGCACCACGGGAGUCUUCAUACAUUGGAGUAAUUACUACAUUACUUGCUAAAGCUGGAGCAAGUGCAGCAUUUAUGGGUCAAUAUCAAUUAUGUCCAGAAUUAUUUCCCACUUCGCUGCGUGGGGUUGGAAUGGGAUUUGCAAGUACUGUUGGCGUAGGAUCAACAUUGCUGGCUCCCUUUAUAGUCCGAUUGAACAAAUAUGGAUAUUACAUUCCUUACCUGAUAUUCGCCGUCAUCUGUGUUAUGUCUUGCUUCUGCGUCAGUUUUCUACCGGAGACCCUUAAUAAGGUUCUUCCUCAAACUGUUGAAGAUGUCGAAAGAUGUGUGGAUGAUAAUGACCAUUUAGUAUGUGGGUUGAAGAAACGUCAAAAGUUUACUUUAGAAAUGAAACUAUCUAUAAGUGAACAGAAUACUAAAGUUGAUGUUGAAGGUUCGAAAGAUAUCUUUACCAUCAGCUAGUACAUAUUACUGAUUCGUAUUUUUCGUGCAGCAUCAUGUUCAAAAAGAUCAUCCGUUCAUGUAAAAUUUAUUCAUCAAAAUGUCUUUCUUUUUUUAACAUCAAUGUCGCAACCAAGAUUUAAAGAUUCUUGGAACAAUUGCUGUGAUAAUAGUAUUAUGCAAAGUAAUAAAAUUGUAUAUUUCA